AUGACUGUGGGCGGCGUGAAGCGUUCGAGCGAGAAGAACGACAUCCAAGCGGGAUACACCACGAUGGCGCGGUCUCCUCCGUCGUCGCUGCCUGCAGCCAUGCAAUCGUCUGCUAGCGGGAUACCGCUCCACGGAGACCCCAAUGACGAGAGCGACGACACGCCCAUUGAUAUCGCUGAAGCUGGCUCGACCCGACCGCCCCAGGGCGCGCUGCAACGAUUCGGUCGUCACUUCCGACUGUUGGAGUUCGGCAGUGCCGUCGUCCUGUAUCUGCUGGCGCUUGUGUUCGCGAAGAUUGAAGUGCACGAACGCCCGAUUCCUGGGAUCAAAGUGCGCCUGAACGCCACGGCUGUUGCGUGGUCGCUCGACCCGUCCAUCGACGAGAAGAAGCUGUCGGAGGAAGUGCCGAUGUGGCUGCUGCUGACGCUGGGCAUCUGCCUGCCAGUGGGAAUCAACCUCGUGAUGAACUACGUGCUCCCGGCAUUUUGCCAGGUUCGAGUCAUCGCUCACGACACGCGGGAUUUCCUGUUGAGCCUCUUCCAGUCCAUGGCUCUCGCGACCUUCCUGACGCAGUUUACGAAGAACAUCACCGGUCGCUUCCGCCCAAGUUUCUAUGACAUGUGCAAGUGGAACCACGACGUGGUUUGGGACGGAGUCACGAAUCUGUGUACGGAUGCGGCUGGCGAGAAGGAGGGUCGCAAAAGCUUCCCGUCGGGGCAUGCUUCGUUUGCGUGGGCGACUAUGCUCAUUCUCACGCUCUAUCUGCUGGGCCGAUCACGCCUCAACUGUGAGAACCGCAGCAACUCCACGCUGCGAGGUGGCAAGAAGUCGCUGAUGCUGUUCAUGUGCUGCGCGCCAGUGCUGAUCGCUUCAUGGAUCUCCAUCACGCGCUGCAUCGACAACUGGCACCACUACAGCGACAUCUUGGCUGGCAGUGUCAUCGGCAUUGCGUCAGCACAAUUCGCGUUCAACUACAACUAUGGGUCGAUAUUUAGCUGGGAAUCGGCAGGCCUGCCUCUGGAGGAGAUCCACGAACGUCGCAUGGUAAGAGAGCAGCAGGACGAAUCCUUCUAA